AUGGGCGACAUGGAGAAGGCCGCAAGGCCUUCUGGUUCUCCGAAUGUUACUGGUUUGUCUCCUACCGAAGGAACUCCAGGAACACAGAUAACCAUCCGUGGUGAAAAUCUAGGUGUCGAUCAAAAUGAUUUGCUUAUGCUUUUCAUAUGUGGAACAGAUUGUCUGCACACUGCCAAAUGGAAAUCUCCUUCCAAGAUUGUAGCUCGUUUGGGACAUGCAACGAGAGGAUUAGGAGAUAUUAAAAUUAUCACAAAAUCAGGUGGUAGAGGAACUUCACUUGUCAAAUUCAGAGUUUUCAUUGCUCAAGUUGGACCCUUAGAGGAGAGUGCAGUUUGGGUAGAUGAGACUAGGACUGUACCUGGAAGAGAAGCUAUCCGAGUAAUUGCAAAAGCUGAUGAAGAAGUAGAUAUUUUGGGUUUAAAACCAUCCAAGAAGUUUGACCAAGCCACUUUGCAAAAAUGGUUUCCUGAAGGCUCCGGAAAUAUCCGCAUGGAGCUGUUUAGUCCAGAGUGGUAUUUGUUAGAGAAUCAUGCCGAUGCGACGGUGGACGAGUUGCGAAAAGCAAUUCAAGUUCUUGAGAAGAUGCAGGAUAGUGAUACUAAGAAAAGCGAGGAACUUCAUAAGGCCAACUUGUACGCUCUGAUCAAUUGUGUAGACACUCUAGCUUCUCUGCAUGAUGUUCUUGAAGAAAAUAACAAAAAUCGAGAUUUCGAUGUGAUUCAACGCCUAGCGGUCAAGAUUUCCGAAGCCAAAAACAGCGCGGAGAAAGUUUUCAAAGAUGUUCUGAGUCGUAAAGAUCAAGCUGAUGUUACUAGGAACACAUUGUCUGUGCUCACCCGGUUCAAAUUCAUAUUCUUCCUUCCCAAGUCAAUAACUGAGAAUAUGAAGAAGGGCGAGUACGUUACAAUUCUGAAUGAUUAUACUAGGGCUAAAGCUCUUUAUAAGGACACAGAAGUGCCAUUGUUCAAAGAAGUGAUGGAACACCUGGAUAGUAAGAUGGAAGUAUUCAAAGACGAAAUGAAAAGGAAGCUUAUUGAUACUCCAGCGUCGUUUGAAGAGCAAAGCAAGCUGAUCAAAUAUUUGAAGAUUCUGGAACCGAAUUCCGAUCCAACGUGGGAAUGCAUCACAGCUUAUCAUUGUUAUUUGGAAGAUAUUUUAUGGAAGUUACAAGAGGAACAUUAUCAGAAAGCGUUGGCAUCUAAUGCCACUUCCAAUGAUUUGAGGGGACUUGUUGGAGCUGAAGUCAACGAGAGGUAUCAGUUUGUAUCAAACUUGGUGAAAGUUCUGCUGGAUAAACUCCAGUCCUUCUGGAAACUCUCUAACUCCUAUAACACUAAUGAUGAGCGAUGGGCUCAGCGUCAAGAAGACAUUAACCAAAUGCUUAUCAAUACCAUUAACGUGUCGUCCUGGCUGAUUCUGAACGCUCUGGUCGCAAACGCUCUUCCUGAUGAUGUCCUUAAGAAGUAUCAAACACAGUUUGUUCCUUGGCCGCAAAUUUCUCCGCCAUUGCAUCGUUCAGUACUCUUAGCUAGUUUGAAAACAGUGAGGUCAUUCAUUUCAUCCUUAUUAGACAGUCACUUUACCGUGGCGCACAUCCAACCUCUCGUGGAGUUGUGCAUGACUAUCCGAUUGAAGUCCGUCUCAGUCAUAAUCGACAAAGGCGUCGAAAAUGUUAUUCUACUGCAAAAGAAAGAGGAUUGGAAACAGGAGUUAGUCGAGCAAUCAGUUUCUAAAACUUCUCUCCCCGACUUCCUAGAGAAUGAGAUUUGUGAUUGUUUAUCGAUGGUUAAAGAUGUUCUGAUGACCACAGGGUUUUUCGGGGAGAGUUGUUUGUUUUCCCGAGAAAGGUUUAGAUCAACUCUGUUAGACCUGUUUGUCCAUCUUGUCAUUUCUGUCAGAAUUUGCUUCGACAGGCUUUUGAACACGAAAAAUAGCCACGUUGAUUUAACUGAUGAUAAGGAAAGCAAAGCUAAUCAGGGUUUGACCAAGAAGUUCUUAAUCGCAGCUUGCAACGUGGAUUACAUUAUCGACAAAACUAUGAAGACGGUUGUUCGACGGAUGAAUGAAUGUGGUGUUAAGAUGGUUGCUGAGAUAGAAAAAAAAUGCUGUGACAAACUGAACGCGUACAGAGUCUUCCUUAUGGAUUGCUAUAUAAAAAUCAAAUGUAGCGCAUACAACGUCUUGAUCGAAUCGGCUGAUUAUACCUUGUUACCCGAUGAAAAUGUCUCCAACUAUGCUAAGGAAAUUGUAAUGUGCUGUGUUCUGCAACAAGCCGAACUGAAUUUGUAUGCACCGCAUCUCUCUUUCUCAUGUUUACAAAUGACAAUUAAAACAGUUUUUGAUGUUUUGGUCAACCACUUCUCCACCAUGGGACAUUUCCCAGAAGCCAGUGCCACACAGUGCGUGAUUGACUUGUGUGCUCUAGAAGAAGCUCUCUCGUCAUACACCACCUUGGAAACGAGAGCUCACCUCAACUCAUUCAGAGCACAGUUAGUGGGGAAAGUUGACCAAUCCAAAGUGACACCAUGUCUGACCAAAUUACGACAUUCGAUGUUGAUGGCGCUCGAUUGUCUUUCUUUGAGUGACGAUGAGGACGAUCUCAAUACUUCUAAUGUCUAA